CUGCUGUUAAUUCAAGCUAUUACGUGAGAGGAAGGGUACUAUCUCUGUAUAUCUGCUUUCCCCCUUUUUACAAGGUUGGGUGAGGUUUUUUUUAAACCUCCCUCCCUUCCCAACCACAUCUUUUAUCAUUACAGGAGAUGGGAAGGGAGAGGAGACACACAUAUCCAUCCGGGCUCCUGAUUCACUGACACUCCAUCAUCAAGGGAUUGUGGACUGAUAGAGGGAAGAGGCAUUAAAAAAGAGAGGAAAAAAAUUCUGAAGGGGAAAAUAAAUAACAGCACUUAACACUGACUGGGAGAGGACACAACAGCCUGUUUGAUCAGGACAUCUGAAUUUUAUCAGUGGUAUCUAACUGGAAUGUCAACUGUCCAAUGCCAAUAUUGGUACAUCUCUCCUCAGAAGCUGAUAUCCAAAACUGCAGAACAGACUCUGGCUAUAAAGAUACAUUGUCGAUCUGCCUGCACCAAAUGGACUACAGCAGUUCAAGAAAGGAGCUCAUCACCGCCUUGUCAAGGGCAAUUAGGAAUUGGCAAUAAAUGCUGACCCAGCCAGUGAAGCCACAUCUCCUGAGCAAAUAAAAAGAGGUUCAACCACACUGGCAGUUCACAGUUUAUAUUCUUGAUCUGUUUUUGGAAGGAUUUUCAAAGGCUUCAAAGAUUAACAUAUACCACGGUUCCAGAUAUAAAGAUGGCCAGUACGACUGAUGGCCUCAUUGGGAUUCCAUUUCCAGACCAUAGCAAUGAACUCCUUUGUAGUUUGAAUGAACAGAGACGAGAUGGUCUUCUCUGUGAUCUUAUCCUGGUAGUAAAGGAUCAGGAAUACAAGACCCAUAGAUCAAUCCUUGCAGCAUUUAGCAAGUAUUUCAAGAAUCUGUUCACCACAGACAUUCUUGAAGAGCAACAUAAUGUUUAUCAGAUUGAUUUUGUGACACCUGAGGCACUUUCUGCAAUAUUGGAGUUUGCCUAUACAUCAACUCUCACGAUUAGCAGCUCAAAUGUAAAGGAUGUUUUAAGUGCAGCACAGCUGCUGGAGAUCCAGUGUCUUAUCCAAGUAUGUGGUGAUAUCAUGGAAUCAAGUGGUAGGGUAAGUGUUGACAGAAGAGGUCCAGAAAAACAAUGUAUCCAAAAUCCUCAAGAAGAUCUGCUCGUGGAAAAUUUCAGAGAAUCCCCCCAACAAGGUCCUGAUGAAUUCCCUGAACAUGGGCUUAAAGAAUCUCAUGAGAAAGAUUGCAAUGGAUUCCCUGAACAAGGUCACAAAGAGAAUCCCCAGCAAGAUCUCAAAGAACCUCCCCAACAAGAUCUUGAAGAAACUCUUCAAGACCGUAUCAAUGAAUCAGAGGAAAAUUUCCAAGAACGUCACCGCUGGAAUAAGGAAUAUAAUUUUCAGAACACUUUGACCAACAAGCUUAUAGAAAAGCAAUGCAGAGAGCUGCCUUGUGAAUUCUUAAGCCAAUUUACUGUUAAUGAUCCAGGUGGAUGCUUGCGACCUGUACGUGAUUUCUCCUUAGAGUCUCUGUUAAAAGAAGGACUAUGUCCUAGAGGAGAUUUGCUUAAUGGAAGAACUUGUGUGUCUCCACUCAGACCAGGAUUCUUUCCUCCCCACUGGAACGGCGGGUACAAUAGAUUUCCCCAGCUUGUGCAACACCAAGAUGUGGACCAAUUGCCUCUUAACCUAGUGGUGAAGAAGGAAAAGAUCAAGGAGGAGGCCAAGGAGGAUCUACCUUCAACCACAAGUCUUUGUGACUUUUUUAAAGGUAUUAUGCUGGAAAAUGGCCAUAAUAACCUUGGAACAUUAAAGGACUUUAAUUCCUAUCUGAAUAUAUUAGGUCCUUCCUAUUUGGCAGCAGUCUAUCCAACGUGGCCUUUGGAAUAUGAGAAAAAGAUGAGACCCAAGGCAUCUCAGCAGUGCCCUAUCUGCAAUAAAGUAAUCCAGGGAGCAGGGAAGUUGCCACGACAUAUGCGAACACAUACAGGGGAGAAACCAUAUAUGUGCAGUAUAUGUGAAGUCCGUUUCACCAGACAAGACAAGCUAAAGAUUCACAUGCGCAAGCAUACCGGGGAAAGACCUUACACAUGUAUUCAUUGCAAUGCCAGGUUUGUGCACAACUAUGACCUGAAGAAUCACUUGCGGAUACACACGGGAAUCCGUCCCUACCAAUGUGUACAUUGCUACAAGAGCUUCACCCGUUCUGACCACCUGCACAGACACAUCAAGAGGCAGAGUUGUCGCUUGCCACGACCUCGGCGGGGCCGCAGACCUGCUGCCUGGCACUCCGCUAGCCUCCUGUAUGCACAGGGUGGCCCAUCUCAGAGCACACAUUCCAAUGAAAAUAGCACCAACAUCCCACCAAGACCAGAGGAUAGGCUUCUAAAUGCAAGCAAGUUCGAUCCAGGCAAUACAGAGAAGAACUUUCAUGGAAAUGUUCAAAAUUCCAAGAUCUUAUUGAAUGAAUCAGCAGUAAAGGAAAGAGAGAACCCCAUGCCUAAUAUGUUGAAUGGAAACCACAUCGUAGAUGAAAGGGACAGAGGCAUCUUUGCUUUUACCCUGUCUCACAACAAUACUUUCUCUCACCUGCCCCAACAAUACUAUUCAACAAGUGAUCCAUGGAGCAUGCAAUUUAACCCUAUGCCAUCUAUUCAGGAGGCGAGUAAAUAAAGAAAUAAGAGCAUAAGGGUGAAAGCAAAUGAAUAUUAUUGACUUGCACAAAGUAAUGUCAUUCGAUAGUUUGAUGUGUUAUUUCUGAACAUGAAACUGAAACAAAAUCUACAUUGAACUUUACAAUUUAAAUUUGUAUAACAGCUUUGGACAAAUAAUUUUACAGACCAUUGAAUGAUCUUAAAGUUGAUCUAUUAUAUAAAGUAAAUGUAUUUAAACAAAACAAAAUCCAAAGAAGUUGCGUACUGUAGCCAACACAAACUUGAAACUGUUUUCCUUUGCUGAUGUUUUGUGGGAGAAGUGUUGUAAUUAUUUUUCUACUAUAACGUACUUCUUAUGACUUCUUUCUCUUCAGUAACUCAGAUGAGUUUGCCUGGGCUUUAAAAAGGAUACAACAGUAGCCCGCUCAUUGGAGUAAAUAUCAAGGCUUUCUUCACUGUGUAUCAUUGGUUAGGUUACUGGAUUUGUAUUUAGUUUUAUUUAUUUAACUAAAAGUACCCACAGGUUAGUCAGAAAUUUGUAAAUGAAGAAAUUGGAUUAUUUCUGAUUAUAAAUGGCUAAUGUCUGAACAUUUUAUUGUAUUUCCACCUGUGCAAAGAUCCACUCCCUAUUCCAUUGUAGGGGGACUAGUACUUUGUAAUUUAAAUUAAUAUUUAAUCUCAUCACUGCAAACAGUAAAGAAAUGCUGUAUUUUGAACUCAUAUUUUUCAGAAUUGUGGAUAAUUGAUUGAUUAAUAAGAACAGAAUAUGGCCAGUCAGCUGUGAACUGUGCAACCGUUCAAUUAAAUCAUGGCUGAUCUCCACCUUGA